GAUUUCCAGGAGUUCAGAGAAGCUGUCGAUGAUUUUAUAUCUGAUGCAUCCACCUUAAUGCCACUGCCACUGGACUGCACCGACUUCGAUUUCUCACUUGGUGAGGAGGUGGCCUUUGGGCCCUGUACGCCACAGCUGGAGAGCAAUGCGCUGGCGCAGAUGCCCCCACAGCGCCUGCCUUCCCCCGAGCCGUGCUGGAAGGACCUGGCGGACAGGCACCAGAAAGGACUGGGAGGUGCCCUGGAGGCAAACAGCCAGCUGCAGGAGACCCUCAUGCAGAGGCAGGAAGAGCUGUCGACGCUGCGGGAGAGCAACGUGCAGCUGAAGGAGCUGGCGAGCCAGGCCAGGCAGCUGGCUGCCGUUCUUGACACGCUGAUGCUCCCGCAACGCACCGACGGGGCGGCCCUUCCUCCUCCUCCUUCUCCUCCUCCUCCUCCUCAUCUUUCACCUCCUCCUCCCGCCGCCGCCGCCGCCGGCCCGGCCGGCAGGUGGAGCGGGCGCGGGCGGCCGGAGCCGCGGGAGGAGGCGGCGGGCGUGGACACCAUGCUGCGGGAGGUGUCGGAGAGGUGCCGCGCCGCCCUGCGGAGCCUGGGGGGCAGCCCGGGGGGCAGCCCCACGGCCAAGCGCCCGCGGCCGCUCCCGCGCCUGCACGGCGCCUUCCGCGGGCUGCGCACCGGCCGCGCCGCUCCGCGCCCGGGCGGCGGCGGAGCGGAGGGGGGCGGCAGCCUGCGGGCUGCGCUGGGGGAGGCGGGCGGCAUCCGCACCCUGGCCUUCCCGCAGGGCAACGCCUUCACCCUCCGCACCGCCGCCGGCGGGUACCGCUUCCGCUGGGUGCCGCGCUGA